AUGGCAACACACCUGAACACAAGAUUUGAUACCAAACUGCACAGCCAUUUUCGUAUGGAAUUUAGUAAACGCAUGAAAGAAAAAUCCAAAACUGGUCAGUUAGUUAGAUUUACUGAUUUCUUUGGUAUGGCAAUUGGACAUGCUUUGCUGGAGAAAGAAGAUGCUAAACUGAGUGAGCAAGUUGAAAAAGUAAAAGAUGGAAAUUUUCCACUGCCAAUUGCAACAGCUCUUCGUUUCAAAAAAGAUGUCAAAGCUUUGGAUUUCAACGAAUGGGUGGAAUUUACGCCUUUCGAAUAUGGCUCUCAAAGACUUGGUGUUUUUCGAAAAACGUCACACUUUGGUGGAAAGUAUUACAAAGGCCGUUUAGUUACAGAUUAUGGCGAACCUCCAUUGCAUUUUCUGCAAGGUGUAUGGGGAAGUGCUUUCAGCAUAAUAUUGAAUUCAUUGAAAGAAGAUGACGAAAACGUGGCAAAAAUCACAAUGAUGAAUUAA